AUGCCAGACAAGCUGUUGGUGGAAACGGAUCCCACCCUUCCCUUACGACCUCUACUACACCCUGCUGAGCAUAUCGACUGCGUCGAUUGUGCAAGUAUGUCGGCGACUGGGUCGUCUGUUCCUGCUGUUUCCUCAGACUUUUCCCCUGAAAUCAUACAAGUUAUCGCUACGGUUGCAUCACAGAGUGCUUUUUUCGGAAUCUUUGUUGUCAUUAUGUUGUUUUCAACAUACUUUUUGUGCUGCAAGGGCUUUGAGACCAAAGCCAAUGUCAUGAUGUUGUCUGUGACAACCAUCAUGUUUGCAACGUCAACCACCUAUUGGGCUUUCACUUUGACUAUCUCAGUUAUGUCUGUACAAGCUUUGUAUCAUCCUGACAAGAUCACAUUACAAGAAGGUGAAUUCAUUGGUGGUCUGUACAUCGCGCAAAUGUAUCUUCCCAUGAUAAACUAUGUUCUCAGCGACACUGUUGUCGCUUGGAGAGCCUGGGUUCUUUGGCAGCACAAUACAAGGAUCUCCAUAAUCCCAUUCGUCCCGCUUUUGGGCUCACUUGGUACGCCCAGAGGAGGCCUAUUCAAUAGGCUUGCUGUAUACAAAGUCAAGGGUUUCAAGUCUCAAGCUACGGACAGUCUCUUUGCAGCUUGGGUCCUGUCUCUUGCAACGAAUGUGGCAGCAACAAUUCUAAUUGCCUGCAAAGCUUGGCGGCACCGGCGAAUGAUCAAGUCUUAUCUCGCUCACGGAGGUUUAAGACGAACGCAGAUGGAAAAGAUCUUUGCCCUUCUGAUUGAGUCUGGCGCACUCUAUUGCGUGUUAUGGGUUCUACUUAUCACAACUCGAUUUAGCGUCGUCUCUGCUCCUGAGUGUGAGCUUAUACAGGACGCUUCAGUUCAAAUCGCUGUGAGACAAAUUAUUUGUUCAUCUACCGAGUCCAUACCCUCAAGUCUACUAGGGUAUCUACCCUACAGUCAUUGUCGUCCUAGUGACUCUUCAGAAAACGGCAUGGGAUAA